GUCGGUCGCCCCCCCUCCCUGGCCGUGCCUACUCCGGCCGUCGCCACCACUCGCUACGAGCGGCAACUCGAUGAGUACAUAGCCGCCGCGCAGCUCUCCCUCGCCUCCCCCGUCGCUGCCGAGCCGCUCCCGCUCCCGUCCGAGGACGGCGCCGCUCUCCUCGACCUCCUCGCCAUCGAGGCUGCCCGAGAUUGCCCGAGAUGGCCCGAGAUUGCCCGAGACUGCCCGAGAUCACACUCUCGCCCUCGAGGCUGUGCUCUCGCGGUGUAGAGGGAUAACACACCACGCGUGACACACGGUCCCACGCAACACUUCACGCCCACGCGCAACGCGCUCUGCAUGGCGCUCUGCCGUGCGCCUUGACCCGGCGCGGCGGGCCCACAUCUUGGGACGCUUUCUCCCUCCCUCCCCCUCUCUCAUUAGGCUGGCAUGCGGUCGCUCCAGGGCUUGCCGACGGCGCUCGCCCAACCCACGGCGGAGGUCGCCUACCGCCACCGCCUUCCGCCCGCCGCCGUCGACCUCAAGGGGGGGGGAGGGGGGGCCAAGCCGUCCGCACUGACACCGCGCACGCGCCCUCCCACGCCUUCACCUCCGGAAGUGGAGAAGCCCCCGCUGGAGGAGGCCCCACCGCCGGCGCCCCGCCCGCAGCAGAGCCGCCCCCUCCCCGCGCCCGGCCCGCCCCGGAAGCGUCGCCUCGCGGCGGCGACGACGCUGGUGAGCAAGGUGGAGCUGAUUCGGGAGGAGCUGCAGCUGCUGCCGCGCGAGCCCGAGGCGUCCAUCUCGGCUCUGCUGCGCGAGGCGCACCUCGUGCUGUGCAUGCAGCCCGUCGGAGGGCUCGUGACGCAAGCGGGCGCGGUCCUGGCCUACCUCUUCGGGGAGGGAGACGGAGAGUGAGGAGGGAGCAAGGCGUGGGCGGCGGGGAGAGCGAGGCGACGGACGAGGCCGAGGCCGUGCGGCGAGAGGUCGGGGCGCUAGUCGGGGCGCUGUGACAGCUCAUCGUUUCCACCGUAACGAAUGAAGGCCUGAAAGUCUUAGUUCCGUCCUCUUGAAAUUAUUCUAUAUUCAU